GAUUUAUAAAGAAAUGAAGAGAAACAACAGUUCCUUUGGGUAAUAAGAAACUGUUUACCACAUUUCAAAACCAAAUUCAAUGUAAGAAAUAAAUUGUAAGAAACUUAAAUACAUAAGCAUCAAUCUGCAUAAGUUAGGGUUAUUAAUAGAAUAGUUCAUUAAAUUAGUUAUAUGCAAAUAGGUUCCUAGGCGAAUGGAACGAGGAUAUGUAUACAGUUACAAGAAAAUACGUACCCACUUACACUAAUGGUUUAAAUUUAUAUACUACAUAUUGUUCACCAUAGAAUCCGAUUGCUACUAUUGUGAUCAUACAUGGCUAUGGGGAUCAUUCAGGGAGAUAUUUCCAUGUAUUAUAUCCUACUAAUGUGAUUAGGUUGCUGAUGAGUAUGCUAAAUUAGGCUUUUAGGUUAUUCUCUAUGAUUAAAGAGGAUUCGGAAAUUCUGGAGGCAUUAGAAGUCAUGGCCAUAUCAAAUAGAUGCACCAAGAUCUAGAAUGCAUCCUAAUGACUAUAGAACGAUCCUAACCAAUCUUCUUGCAAUGCUAAUCAUUGGGAGCUGCAGUUGGUUUAAGUUUUUGUAUUUCGAAUCCCUCCUUGAUUCUUUAAGGAGUCAUUGUUGUUAACCCAUAUCUAAAAUUUGCUUAGAAAUACGGAAUCCUCAAGAAGAUGCUACUAACCUUGAUGAAUAAGAUGAUUCCAGUAAAAUAAAAAUAAAUCAUAGGGAUUGAUGGUCAAUUCCUAUAUAGAUUUCGGGCAUUGUAGUAAAAAUAACAAUGUCAUAAAAUCAGUAGCUGAGGAUAGUUUAGUCCAGCCAUUUAUGAGUAUUGGAAUGGCUUAUAACAUUUUAUAAUUAGAAUAGUAUAUAUUGCCUAAUGUACAAUUGUAAAGAAUUGCUCAAUACUAUUUAGAUUUGCUUAACCGCUCUUAAUUUUGUAUGGCAAAGAGGACAAAGUGGCUAGUCAUAUGAAUUCGGUUGAGCUUUAUCGACUUGCCGGAUCAAAGGAUAAAACCUUAAAGUUAUUCGAUAAAGGAUUUCAUGAAUUAUUGAAUGAUGUUGAAUUUGAGAGAGUCAAAAACCUAAUAACUACCUGGUGUCAGAAAUAGAUCAACAAAGAUAAAAGAAUAAGUAUUCUCUAUAUCAAUUUAUGCUAAGGUUAUUUUAGGGAGUUGAAUCAUGGCUUAGUAGCAAAACACAAUAAUAGUACAAAAAUGAUCCUUGUGUAAUGGAUAUUGAUAUAUUUUAUGUUGAGAAAGUAUUAUCUUACCUUAAAAUUAGUAAAAUGAAAAACUUAGGAGGACUAGCACGAUUUGUUUGUAUAUUAGCUUUAAUGAUUGCCUCAUUAAUUGUACAUAUUAGGUGGUGA